AUGCAGGCAAAUAAUGCUGAGAUUGUAGGUAUGAAGUCUGUCACCCUAGAGAUGAUUGCCUACAUAUGUGUCCAGGCAUGCUUUUUUAUUUCAACACUUGAAACCUUCAGCAAGGUCAAUGAAAAUUUUAAUUUCAAAGCGUUUUAUUACACUAUUCUCGAGUUUUUUGAAGACUGCAAGUCUCUAUGGGUCCAGGACACACUUAAUUGGUGGAAUGGGCAGGUUUUCAGCUCCUCUGGUGAAUUGCUCACUAUUGAACCUGAGGAGGACAAGGAGUCAUUGAUUGCAGCCAUUUUGAGAGCUUGGAAGGCUUGCGAAGGGUGUGGACAGUCCCAAGCAGGAGGAUUGGCUGGCCAGGGUCAAGGACUGGCUACUCGAACGUAA